GUGAAGACUGCAGAUAUUGUUUAUUUGUAAGAGUAGCUUGUCUCUCACUAAAGGAUGCAGUACUUUCUGGCUUCUAGAGUAAGUACAUUUUACUUAGAGCACAGUCUUGGCCACCACUAAGCUGCCGAGAUGAAUGACCAGAGAGUAACAUACGCAGAACUGAAUCGGGUUAAGGACUCAAAGAGACAGCACAUGAAACCUAAGGGCACUAAAGGCUCCAUUCCAGGAACUGAGCAGGAACUAACCUAUGCAGAAUUAAAUCUUCAAAAUGCUUCUCAGAGUCUUCGAGGGAGUGACAAGAACGAUCGCUGCAGAGCAUCUUUGCCACCUCCAGAGAAGUGCAUUGCUGGGAUCCUAGGGGUCAUCUGCCUUGUCCUGAUGUUCACUGUGGUAACAUGGAUAGCUGUUAAUCGUUCUAAUGUAACACCAGAGCAGAAAAAUACUUCCUUGAAAACAGCGAUCCAGAAAGCUAUAAAUAAUCUUUCUUCAGAAUAUCAUUGUGGUCAAUGUCCACCUCAGUGGUUAAUGUAUUCCAACAACUGCUAUUACCUGGGUACUGAACAAAAAACAUGGAAUGAGAGUUUGAUUGCCUGUGCUUCUUGGAACUCUAACCUGCUCUAUAUAGAUGAUAAAGAAGAAAUGAAUUUUAUGCAUAUUUUCAAUGUGUUUAUAUGGAUUGGAGUCUCCCAUAGAAACAGUAAUAAUUCUGACUUGUGGACAAAUGGCUCAGUUUUCUUUUCCAAACUAUUUUCAAAAACUUCAGAGUUGGACAAGAAAUGUGCAUUUGGGGAUUUUGAAGCACAAAAGCUCUACUUGGCAUCAUGUUCAGGAAAAAAACACUAUGCUUGUAAGCACCAGGCAGUGUGGCUCACCUAAACUUGGUACAAUGUUACUCUCACCAUCUCUAAAGAACACAUUUCUAGUUCCUUCAAGAAUGCUGCAAUUAUUUUGUACUACUUUUUAAAGAAAUUAUUUUGCACCAGUUUUAUUUUCAUGAAAAAAUGAAGAGGAAGGUACUAAAAUUUCCCAUGUUCCCCUGAAUGCAGAGCAUCCCCAUUAUCAGCAUCACUCAGCAGAGUGGGAUGUUUGUUACUGAGAGUGAGUCUGUACUGACACGUCGUAGUCACUUAAAGUCCAUGCUGUAUCUGACACUUCAUCCUUGGUAUUGGAGAGUUGUUUUAAACUUAUAUUCAUGUUAAC